UUCUGAACAUUUUAUUCCUACAUUUUCUCUCUGUCUCAUUGUCUGUUGAUCCUUACCUCUCCCUUGUUUUCUCUCUCAGAGCCAAGAAAAGAGGAAACAUCUUAAGAGAAAGGGAGUAAGAGAGAGAGAAAAAAAUGGGAGCCUGCGCAAGCAAACAAAAUGUGUUAAAUUGUGAAGCCCCUGAAGUCAAACCAGAAAAUGCAGCUGCCAAUUCUGUUGGGCUUGUGAUCAAAAAAGAUGUGGCGAAAAAUGAUGAGACACUCAUUGCCGAAGAUGGUGAUUCCGACAAAAACCCAUCUCUCGAUAAUUUACUCAAUAAUGAAGAAGAUACGGGUUCAAUAGAAGACAAAGAGGAGACAUCAGUAAAAGCUUCUAAAGUAGCAUCUGAGGAAGACAAGUUAGAAGAUGAGAAGGUUGUUGAUGAUGGUCCCAAAACCGAUGCUUCUACUUGUGUUGAAGAGAACAAAACAGAUGAAGUAAAAUCAAAAAUUCACGUCCAGAAGAAUGUGGAGGAAGUAGUAAAACCAUUAGUGGAGAGUGAGAAUAAAAUCGAUGAUCAAAAAAAAUUACCAGAAGUAGCUCCUACAGAGAAGACUGUAGAAGAAGUAAAACCUGCUAUCACUGAGGAUAAGAACAUUGAAGUGCAGUCAACAGCUGCUGAGGAUCCAAAUUUUGAAGCUGAGAAAAAGAAAACAGAAGACAAACCAGCUUCUACGAAGAAAGGCAAAUUUUGGUGGGAUAAGUAAACAAAACUGCAAAAUCUUUUUUAAAUUCAAAAGGAAUAUAUACAACUGAUUUUAUCAGCAACUAGUUUUCAUAAGUAUGAUUAAUUUUAUUCUUUACUACUGAAUGUCAUUCUCAUUCUCAUUUGAGGAAAUUUGUAUUUUCACCUUGUUCAUCGGCACAUUUACAUUCUAAUAUUUAUCAUUAGGCCAUUCUAGACAAAAUAAAGAUAACCAUUCUUCUAAUUUAA